GUUCGAAAAAUAACAAAAGAUUGCAGAUCUAGGUUUGCUCCUCUCUUUUAUAUAAAGGCCAGGAAACUCGUUAUAUCUCACUCGUGCCUCUCUUCUCUCUCCUCUCCCUACCCUCUCUCGUAUAGAAGCAGUCCAAAGCUUCCCGGUUCUUUCUCCGAAACGCACAAUGGCAUCACACAUUGUUGGAUAUCCUCGCAUGGGGCCAAAGAGAGAGCUCAAGUUUGCAUUGGAAUCUUUCUGGGAUGGGAAGAGCAGUGCCGGUGAUUUGCAGAAAGUCUCUGCAGAUCUUAGGUCAUCCAUCUGGAAACAGAUGACCGAUGCUGGGAUCAAAUACAUUCCUAGCAACACCUUCUCGUACUAUGACCAAGUUCUUGAUACCACCGCAAUGCUUGGGGCUGUUCCUCCCAGAUAUGGCUGGACUGGCGGAGAGAUUGGGUUCGAUGUCUACUUCUCCAUGGCUAGGGGGAACGCCACUCUGCCAGCUAUGGAAAUGACCAAGUGGUUCGACACCAACUACCAUUUCAUUGUGCCCGAGUUGGGACCUGACAUGAAGUUCUCCUAUGCUUCACACAAGGCAGUGGAUGAAUACAAGGAGGCAAGGGCGCUAGGGAUUGACACUGUUCCAGUCCUCAUUGGUCCUGUCUCUUACUUGUUGCUGUCGAAACCUGCAAAGGGUGUGGAAAAAUCCUUCUCUACUCUCUCGUUGUUGGGAAGUAUUCUUCCAGUCUAUAAGGAGGUCGUGGCUGAAUUGAAAGCAGCUGGUGCUUCAUUGAUUCAGUUUGAUGAGCCCACACUUGUUAUGGAUCUCGAUGCUCAGCAAUUGCAAGCAUUCACUCAUGCCUAUGCCGAGCUUGAAUCAUGUCUUUCUGGCCUCAAUGCGGUCAUUGAAACCUACUUUGCUGAUGUUCCUGCUGAGGCCUACAAGACUGUUACUUCUUUGAAGGGCAUCACUGGGCUUGGAUUUGAUCUGGUGCGUGGAACCAAGACCCUUGACUUGAUCAAGAGUGCUGGAUUCCCAUCGAACAAAUUCCUCUUUGCUGGAGUUGUUGAUGGAAGGAACAUUUGGGCCAAUGAUUUGGCUGCUUCCCUCAGCACUUUGCAGGCUCUUGAGGCCAUCGUGGGGAAAGACCACCUGGUCGUCUCUACCUCGUGCUCUCUCCUUCACACUGCCGUUGAUCUGGUAAACGAGACCAAGCUGGACAAUGAGAUCAAGUCAUGGCUGGCAUUUGCAGCUCAGAAAGUAGUUGAAGUCAAUGCCUUGGCGAAGGCAUUGGCUGGUCAGAAGGAUGUGGCAUUCUUCUCAGCCAAUGCUGCUGCUCAGGCUUCUAGGAAAUCCUCCCCAAGGGUGAACAAUGAGGCAGUUCAAACAGCUGCUGCUGCUUUGAGGGGCUCUGAUCACCGCCGAGCUACAAAUGUCAGCGCCAGGUUGGAUGCGCAGCAGAAGAAGCUCAACCUUCCGAUCCUCCCGACCACCACCAUUGGGUCAUUCCCCCAAACCAUGGAUCUUAGGAGAGUGCGCCGAGAAUACAAGGCAAACAAAAUCUCAGAAGAGGAAUAUGUGAAGGCCAUCAAGGAGGAGAUCAGCAAGGUCGUCAAGCUGCAGGAAGAGCUUGACAUUGAUGUCUUGGUCCAUGGAGAGCCUGAGAGGAAUGACAUGGUUGAGUACUUCGGGGAGCAGUUGCAGGGAUUUGCCUUCACAGUCAAUGGUUGGGUGCAAUCCUAUGGCUCCCGCUGCGUCAAGCCACCCAUCAUCUACGGUGAUGUGAGCCGCCCCAAGGCCAUGACUGUGUUCUGGUCCUCCAUGGCUCAGAGCAUGACCCCUCGCCCCAUGAAGGGAAUGUUGACGGGUCCAGUCACUAUCCUCAAUUGGUCGUUUGUUAGAAAUGAUCAACCAAGAUUCGAGACUUGCUACCAGAUUGCUUUGGCCAUCAAGGAUGAAGUCGAGGAUCUUGAAACUGCUGGUAUUCAGGUUAUCCAAAUUGAUGAGGCUGCAUUGAGAGAGGGCUUGCCUCUGCGGAAGUCUGAACAAGCAUUCUACUUGGAUUGGGCCGUCCACUCCUUCCGGAUCACCAACUGCGGUGUCAAAGACACUACCCAGAUCCACACCCACAUGUGCUACUCUAACUUCAACGACAUCAUCCACUCAAUCAUUGACAUGGAUGCUGAUGUCAUCACCAUUGAGAACUCCCGCUCUGAUGAGAAGCUCCUCUCUGUCUUCCGCGAGGGCGUGAAGUAUGGUGCCGGCAUUGGCCCUGGCGUGUAUGACAUCCACUCCCCCCGUAUCCCAUCAACGGAGGAGAUUGCUGACCGCAUCAACAAGAUGCUUGCGGUCCUUGAGACAAACAUCCUGUGGGUGAACCCCGACUGCGGGCUAAAGACCCGCAAGUAUGCUGAGGUCAACCCUGCCCUCACAAACAUGGUUUCGGCCGCCAAGCUCCUCCGCACCCAGCUCGCCAGUGCCAAGUGAGAGAGAGAGAGAGAGAGAGAGAGAGAGAGAGAGAGAGAGAGAGGAUUUCCCCAAACCCAUUUCGGUUCUCUUUCCAAAACGAAGAGUUUUAUUCAAAAUGAAAUUACGUUUCGUGAUCUCUAUCUAAUAAGGUGGUGCUUGUGUUUAGUCGAGUGUGGUUUUUAAUACAUAGAUUUUUGCUGCCUUCUCAGGCAAUCUUUUUUU